AGUUGGACCUUGACACGUGGCCGACCGCGGUUACAGCGAAGCGAGAUUUGCGUUAAUUCUCUCCCUCCGAGCGGUGUCAUCGCUCGGUAGUGACUGAAUUCGACUAGAGUACAACACCGUCUCCGCGUUUCUCCGAGAAGCAUGGCUGCGUUCAAGAGCAAGAAAUCAUCGAAGUCGCCCCCGGUGUUUUCAAACGAGUUCAUCCUGCAGAACCAUGCCGACAUCGUUUCGUGCGUUGCGAUGGUGUUUGUGAUCGGCUUCUUCAUGAACGUCACCCAGCCUUACGCUGCCCCCUUUGUUACGCUACAACACAAUGUUACCGAGUUGCAAGCUCCGCUGGUCCUGUACACGUCGGGCACGCGGGACCUUUGUUUCAUAUUCUUCGCGACCCUGAUAGCCAUUGUGCUCCACGCCAUCCUGCAGGAAUACGUCCUCGAUAAAUUGAAUCGAAGGGUCCAUCUCUCACGCUCGAAGCACGCGAAGUUCAAUAUGUCCGGACAACUCGUGACGUUCUACUCGCUGUCGGCAGUCUGGGCUGCCAAUAUCCUGAACAACGAUGGCUUCUUGCCGCUGAGUUCGCUGUGGGCUGGAUUCCCGGGAGCACCUCACGACACGAUGUCCUUCACCGUGAAGCUAUUCUUCAUCUCGCAGAUCUCAUACUGGCUCCACAUGUACACAGAACUCUAUUUCGAGAAAGUCAAGCGCGAAGAGUACCUGGGAAGGAUCGCCACGGCCACGACAUACGUUGUUUUGUUCUUCCUCGCCUACGGUCUCAACCUCUGGAGGAUCGGACUCGUUCUCACGUUGAUCCACUACUCGGAGCAGACGUUAUUCCACGUUGCGCGACUCGCCUAUUUCUACAACCAUCCACAGGCGAAAACUCUGUUCUACGUUUGGGAUUUCGUGUUUUGUGCAUGCCGACUCCUGACCACCUCGUUGGCUUUCCUCGUUUUCUGGUUCGGAAUCCCUUCGACCAUGUUCACCCUCCGCGUGGCGGGACUCUUGCUGAUCGGUGCGACUCAAUUGUACAUGCUGUUCGCGUUCUCCUCAUUCCAUAUUGGUCGAUUCCGAGCCUACCGAGCUGCUUCGCAGAAAUCCUCGAGGAGACUCAACAAGGAAAAAGCCAAGUCCCCUAAGGUUGUGGACAAAACUCUCCCGGAAGUCGACCAGUCGGUCAGCAUGUCCAGACCCGUCGAGAAGGAGGAAAACAUUGUUAAUCAAUCGCCGAAAGAUACCAAUGUUAAGAAACGGUUGAAGGCUCGCGCCUGAUCGGAUCAUCUGUGCUGCUGUACAUAGACGAAUAGUGUGGGUGGGGUUCGCUAUUUCUGUGAAAGGACAUCUUUUUACUCAGGGAUCGGUCGCAAGUGUCUCGAUUGUCAACAUCUCCUAAGAUUGCCGUCGGCAGAAAAUUAAAAUCAUCAACGAAUUUUCCAUCCUCUCUCGUAGCGCGCGAUCCAAGCUAAUAUCGACUGACGAUGAGACGAAUCGCAGUGAUUCCUCAUCGACUAUGUAUUUCAAUGUUCGUCGCGCUAUAGUAAGGUCAAUGCUUCCGUGGUGCAAUGGAGCCGUGCAAUCGAGAGGAAUACGCGAUUUCUGGAAAGACAGAUGAUGUUGUAUGUUCGCAAAUGUGUGUAUGGUUCCGAUAUCUGACCAUGAUUUCUGAAGACAAUCUGCGGAACGCCAGUUUGGCGCUUUGCGGCGAGAACAUAUCAUCAUGGUAUCAGAGAGGGAAACUGUUCAUGGUCGAGGUAGUCAAUGGAAUAAGGCCCAGUUUCGCUCAAGGGAAACCGCCUCGGGAUUCGACCGACUUUUCUCAAUCGUCUCGGCAUCUCUCGGGGCUCCGAAAGUGGUGACGAAUGUAUUCUCGGAGAGAAAGUUAAAACUGUGUACGGGUACGAACAACCAACAUACUUUCUCGUUGUCUGGCAGAUCGAAAAGAAGAAGUUCGAUUCUUAUUUAAAUCGAUGAUUAAAAUGAGAAAGAAUUUUUA